CCUGGGCCAACGUCACUAGCCCAUAAGGCCAACCUGGGUCCCCCUUCUUACAAAAAGAUCUCUGGUCAGAGCCACUACACAGUCUGUGCUGCUCAGACAAAAUCUACCACUGUGUGUUUUUCACCCACACCUAAGCCAUCACUGUGAACAAUCAUCUCGGAAUCAUGGAGAGUUCUCCUUCCGCGUCCUGGAGAGAACACAUUCUGUUCCGGCAAAUACGGAACUUGUCUCCUGGCGGCUUCAAGACAGAAGUCAAAGAGUUAUCUCUGAUGGCUCUUCCUGUGAUUUUGGCCAACCUCAUGAUUUUUGCUGUGAGUUUUAUCAGCACGGUCUUUUGUGGCCAUUUGGGAAAGGUUGAGCUGGCAGGUGUAGCUCUGGCCAUAGCGGUUGUUAAUGUGACGGGCAUAUCUGUUGGCACAGGGCUGGCGUCCGCAUGUGAUACUUUGAUUUCUCAGACAUUUGGGAGUGGCAAUCUUCUGAGAGUCGGGGUGAUCCUGCAGAGGGCAAUCCUCAUUCAGAUUCUGGCAUUAUUUCCCUGUUGGGCCGUCCUCAUCAACACUGAGUCCAUUCUGCUGGCUGUAGGACUGGAGCAAGAGGUUGCCAGGUUGUCUCAGUUGUACGUGAAGAUCUUCAUGCCAGCGCUACCAGCUACAUUCAUGUAUUCACUGGAAACAAGAUACUUGCAAAAUCAGGGUGUCAUAUGGCCACAAGUAAUCACCGGUUUUGUGGUCAAUCUCAUCAACGUCCUCUUAAACUACAUUUUUCUCUUUGCAUUAAAUCUGGGUGUAGCAGGCUCGGCUCUUGCCAACACUCUGUCCCAGUUCUACAUGGCUGGGGUCCUCUACGCUUAUAUCCUAUGGAAAGGUGUUCACAAGGCCACCUGGGGAGGUUGGUCCAAAGAUUGCCUGCAGGACUGGAGCUCAUUCAUUCACUUGGCCAUUCCCAGCAUGGUCAUGUUAUGUGUGGAGUGGUGGACGUUUGAGAUUGGCAGCUUACUGGCAGGUCUCAUAAGUGAGGUGGAGCUCGGAGCUCAGUCCGUCGUGUACGAGCUGUCCAACAUUGCUUUCAUGUUUCCAUCAGGCUUCAGUGUGGCGGGCUGUGUCAGAGUGGGAAACGCCCUCGGAGCUGGAGACACAGAGCGGGCCAAGCUGUCUGCAAAACUCUCCUUUUUCUGUGCAGGAUCAGUCUCUGUGUGCUGGGCCGUCAUCAUUGGAAGCCUGAGGGAUCACAUUGCUUACGUCUUUACAUAUGAUGAACAAAUCCGAGUAAAGGUUGGUGAGGUUGUGUUGUUCUAUGCUCCGUUCAUCAUCCUGGAUGCAGUUUCAGCGGCCACGGGAGGAAUAAUAAGAGGAACAGGUACGCAGAAAUUCGGGGCGAUCUGCAACGUGCUGUGUUAUUAUGGGGUGGCUUUACCUCUCGGAGUGCCACUGAUGUUUGCAGCCAAACUAGGAGUCGAUGGUCUGUGGAUAGGAUUUUGCACAGGUGUGUUUCUGCAGUGCUGCUUCCUGGUUGUCUACCUGGUGAGAAUGGACUGGAGUAAAGCUACCUUUGAGGCUCAGGUUAGAGCUGGUGUCAGUGUCAACUCAGAUGAGCCACAAAGCUGUCAGGACCAAAUACACACGAACGAUCCGAUUGGUCCUGAGGACCCAGCAACAGUGCACUCGGUGGACCAAGAAGUCGCCCAAAGAAACGUGGUCAUGCGUCGUGUUCUGAUUCUGGCCCUCAUGCUCCUCGUCCUGGCCGCUGGGAUCAGCGCCAACCUGCUGGUAACAAACCUGGUCACGUGACGUGAAAAGCCACCGCGUUCCUAGGGUUUUUGGUGGAAAAGUUUGUCGCGAGACUGUGAUGCACGGGUCUACGUCACGAGAGGCCACAGGUGAACUGGACAUGAGUUUGCAUGCGAAUAGAGAAACAGAAACACCACAAGACACUGUAAUUGCUUUGAAAAUCUCAAUUAUCUUUCGUAAUGAUAUACCUUUUGAGUUAUGAGUCAGAGUGAGGCUAGAACAUUGUUGUUAAACAGCCUAUGCCAA